GCAGAGGGUGGCAAUGAGUUGGACCUGUCCAAGGAGCUCACGAUCACCGAGCACAUGUAUACCUUAGAGGAGUUGGCCGAUAAAUUGCACACAAAUAUCGACUCCGGUAUCACAGAUACCGAGGCACAGAUCCGACACGAAAGGGACGGACCCAACGCCUUCUCGCCGCCCAAACUGACGCCCGCGUGGGUCCUGUACCUCAAGGAGAUGACCACCGGGUUUGCUAUAAUUAUAUGGUUGGCCUCCAUCGCCAGUUUUAUCUGUUAUGGCAUCGAUUUGGUGCCACAGUAUUAUUAUCUAGGUAUCGUAUUAGCGCUGGUGGUGUUGAUCACCGGCACCUACUCCUACUCACAACAAGCCAGUAGUUCCAAGAUAUUCGAGUCGUUCAAGAAUAUGGUGCCCCAGCAAACUGCAGUCAUAAGGGGUGGUGAACGAAAAGAUGUCCCUGCUGACAAACUAGUCAUAGGUGAUCUGGUAUACGUCAAAGCCGGCGAUCGUGUACCGGCUGAUAUCCGCGUGAUCCGGUGCGAGGCCAUGAAAGUGGACAACUCGUCCUUAACGGGAGAGUCCGACCCCCUAUUGAGGAACCCAGAGGUGGGUCACCCCAACGCCCUCGAGACUAAAAACUUAGCCUUUUUCUCGACUAACUGUGUGGACGGUAGUGGUUAUGGUAUAGUCAUUUCAAUUGGCGAUCACACCGUGAUGGGCAAGAUUGCCAAGCUAGUCACGGGCAUAGCCAGGGAGAAAACACCGAUCGCUAUAGAGAUUAGCAGGUUCACCAAGAUCAUUACGUGUAUAGCCAUUGGAAAUGGUGUCGUAUUUUUUGCUAUAUGUAUGGGCUUUGGGCUCACGUUUUUUGAUGCCUUGAUUUUCAUGAUUGGUAUUAUUGUCGGCAAUAUUCCCGAAGGUUUACUACCAGCGCUGACCGUAGCCCUCACCCUAACCGCCAAGCGUAUGGCGUCCAAAAAUUGCCUUGUUAAAUAUCUCGAGGCUGUCGAGACCUUGGGCUCCACGUCCGUCAUAUGUUCGGACAAAACGGGAACCUUAACCCAAAACCGGAUGACCGUUGAGCACCUAUACUUCGGAUCCCAGAUAUACCGAGUGAGUCAUGUGAAGGAGGAGGUGGACCAGGACAUGGCCGACGUGCAGGAGGCGUACGAAGCGUACGCCCGGUGCUGUCGACUCUGUUCCCGAACCGAAUGGAUCGACAAUAACCCGGAUGUCAUGAAGCGGGCGGCGGCCGGGGAUGCCUCGGAAACGGCUAUAUUAAGGUUCAUGGAGUCGGUGUCCGACGGCCCGGUAAUGGACUUCCGCAAAAAGUACCCCAAAGUGGCGGAGCGACCCUUUUCGUCGGUCACCAAAUACCAGUUCUCCGUUCAUAGGAACUCCACGCCCGACCCCUCCCUGAACAACCAUUUCAUACUAGUCAUGAAGGGAGCGCCGGAGCGUAUCAUAAAAUUGUGCUCGACCAUUAUUAUAGCAUCGGGGGAGUCGGUGCCGAUGACCGAUGCCUUUGUGGAUCAGUUCGAGAACGCCUACCGGGAGUUGGGGUCGAUGGGGGAACGGGUGCUCGCCUUUUGCGAUACGGAGUUAACGCAGUUUCCCGAAGAUUAUAAGUUUGAUUUGGACAACGAUCAAAGUUUUGAGCUUGAUAAUUUCAGGUUCUUGGGCUUGGUGGCGCUUAUCGAUCCACCCAGAGCCUCCGUGCCCGAUGCAGUAGCUAAAUGUCGUACCGCUGGCAUCAAAGUGAUCAUGGUGACUGGUGACCACCCAAUCACCGCCCAGGCUAUUGCCAAAAUGGUGGGCAUAUUCACUGUAUCCCACCGUAGGUCCACCCGUAUAUCUAUGCCCACCGUCGAUGCGGUGGGUCGGGGCACCUCAGCCUCCAUUGUGGUACCGGGCGAUGAGUUGGCUGCGAUGACCGAGGAUGAGCUCCGGGAUAUUUUGCGCGAUUACAGAGAGAUAGUGUUUGCCCGGACAUCACCGCAACAGAAGUUACGUAUUGUAGAGAACUGUCAAUAUUUGGGUCAAAUCGUUGCCGUCACCGGCGAUGGCGUUAACGAUUCGCCGGCACUUAAAAAGGCUAACAUCGGUGUGGCGAUGGGUAUCACA